AUGGAGACCUUAGUCUUUCUGUUUUCAUUUUCCGCCCUCGGCGUCCUCUAUGCCAUGAACACCAACCCGUGUUACAAGAUCCACUCUCUCCUCCCUCACAGGCCCGUCGUCAUCCUGGAGGUCGGUGUGGCGGUGCUGCUGGUUGUGUUUCUCUUUUACUUCCUCAUCACUCGUGGAAACCCUCCUAAAGACGUCUUAUUCUUUGUUUUUGCUGAGUUUUCCUUCACAUGUAUCAUCGACCUGAUAAGUGCGCUGGAACAUGACGGCCUUAUAUCGGGCUUCAUGGAGUUCUACCAGAAGACGGGAGAGCCCUACCUGGGAACACCUUACGCCAUUAUGAUGUGUUACUGGGACGGGAUAGCACAUUUUAUCAUGUACCUGGUGAUGAUCAGCAGGAUUACAGACAGGAAGGCGUACCGAACCAUCGGCUUGUUUUGGGCGGGGUCUCUGUCGGCCAACAUGAGCGUGUUCAUCACCGGGAUAGUUGCAGGUAAAUAUGCGUCAGAGAUUCGUCCAGCCUUCUGGAUCAACUUCCUCUUCCUUUUGAUGCCUAUAAUUGGCGCCAUUACAAUAUUCAGGCGGCCCAAGGACAGACCGCUAAUCGGUGGAUACAACGCCAUGCACGCUCAGACCAUGAAGCUGAUCUGGCGUCCGAAGGAUAUGAUCCUGCUGCUGCUGCUCUUCGCCGCCAUGGCCUUCACCGUCCUCAGAGGCCUGGUGGCUCUGGACUCUCCACUGGAGGCCUGCUCGGCCUACCUGAAGCACUUUGAGCCCUACCUGAAGGAUCCUGUGGGCUACCCCAGAGUCAUGAUGCUGCACUUGUUUUUCUAUGGACUGCCUCUGUUGGGUGCCUUUUCUUACGGUCUCCUCAAGCCUGGGUGCACAUGGAUGUCAGACUGGACCAUGUUCUUCGCUGGAGCCAUGAUCCAGUGCCAGUGGGCCCACAUUGGAGGAUCCCUCCACCCUCGUACCACCGCUCCAUAUCGUAUCCCGAGCGAGACUUUCUGGUCUGUGCUGGUGUUCAACCUGCUCUACGCUGCCACUCCCAUCCUGGUGGCCUGUCGAGUUCACAGUAACCAGUAUUUCUUCCUGAAGAUCGCCCCCUUCCCGGGGCAGACAGGUUUGCCAAACAGCGAGGAGAAAGACACCAAGUACAAAGACAAGUAAUCCUUCUUCAUCUUCUCCGACCUUUAGAGGGAAUCUGACGACUUAUGACAUGCUGCCAUAUUUCUAAAUGCCAAAACACAAAGUUAUUUUGCUGAGGGUCUUUGGGUUUAGCACUUUAAAAUGUUCGUUUCCUUAAGUCAUGCAUUCAGUGAAAAAUCUGUGUAAUGUUGUUGCCAUGUUUGUGGACUGGCUCAAAAUAAAGGCAUUACAUGUGAGUCAUACAAUUUGUUGAUCCAGCCCUGUUUUUAAC